UUGUUCUAAUACACGUGCUCUUUGUUCAGGGACUGUCAAAAAUCAUAUCAUCCCAGCUGCGUGAAUAAGGACGAAUCUUUUCUCGAAAGCGAAAAAGAUUGGUAUUGCCCUUGGCAUAAUUGCUUCCGUUGCCACCGAAGUAAAUGUGCUUACCUUCGUUGCUACACUUGCCCAAAUGCCGUGUGCCGAAAAUGUCUUCCUGCUAGGCGCAUUUUACUAAUUGAAGGGAAAUAUGGAUUUUGCAAAGACUGCCUAAAGCUUGCUUUGCUUAUUGAAGAGAAGAAGGAUUGCGACUCUGAUGGGGAGAAGGUGGAUUUUACAGACAGGGAGACGUGCGAGGGUCUACACAUGGAAUAUUAUGACAUAAUAAAGAAAAAAGAAGGAUUUAAGCUGGCAGAUAUUUACGCUGCAAAGAACCGGGUGAAGGCGAAAAAGUAUUAUCAACCGAAUGAUGACGAUGAAGAAUCGGAUGAUGAAGAUGAUGACUACGAAGAAGAGCGGUUAUCUGAUUAUGAUGGUCUUGAGGAAGAAGAGAGCAAAAAGAAGGGAACACAUAAUAUAUCAAAAAGGCAUAGAUUCACAAAACAGAGGCCUUUUAAUAAAUCCAAUAAAAAGGAGUUCAUUGGCUGGGCCUCAAGACCCCUCAUUGAGUUUUUAAAUUCAAUCGGCAAAAACUCAACUGAAAAGCUGUCCCCGUUCGACGUAACUUCCAUUGUGAACAAGUAUGUGAAAGAAAAUAAUUUAUUAAAUCCAGGGAAAAGAAAGUCGAUAACCUGCGAUGAACGACUGCUUUGUCUUUUCGGAAAAAAGAAGAUAGCUAAAUACAAGGUUUUUGACCUUGUAGAGGACCAUUUUGCCGAGAAUCAAGAGUCGGACGAGGAUGAGAUUGGAUACAAUUCGGAAGACAAUAAUAGAGAAACUGAAAAUGCGUGCAAGAGGCAAAGGAAGAUUGGCAUAAAGAAAAUUCCUCAGGAAAAAAUUAAAGAAAUUGAUAUGCCUCUGAGUCGUUUUGCGUGCAUUGGGGUUGAGAACAUAAAACUGGUUUAUCUGAGGAGGGGUGUGUUGAAGGAAAUGCUUAAAGAACCUGAAUCGUUUGAAGAGAAGGUGAGUGGAUGCUUUGUGAGGGUCAAAUCUGAGCCGUAUGAUUAUCGGUCAAGAAAGUCUCAUCAGCUCAUUCAAGUCAAAGGUGUAAAAGCACUUCCGACAGAAGAAAACACUACAGAGGCUAUCCUUUUACUUUCAGCUAUGCCUGAAGAAAUUCGCGUAAGUUUGCUUGCAGAUGAAGAUUUCACGGAGGAAGAAUGUGAAGAACUGAAAAAUAAGAUUUUGGCUGGUGAAGUUGAGAGGCCUACGGUGGAUUUUCUCCAACAGAGAGUGAAUGCUAUUCACAAGGAUGUUACAAACUAUUGGAUCCAUAAAGAGCUGAGAUUGCUUAAGAAUCGCGCUGAUCUGGCAAAUGAGAAAGGAUGGAGAGCAGAAUAUCCUUUUAUGAGUUUCUGGUCCACUUCACGAUUGCUCGAAAAUGUACCAACAGUGAUGCGGGAUGUAUAUGAGCCUGAUGAUGGUGAAGUAAACAGAGACAAAUUAGACUCACCAGACACUGGAUUAGAUGAAUACGCUCAGCAUAACAAGCAUGCCAAGGCAAAGGGACGUUAUUCGAAUGUUGCGGUGAUUGAUGUUGAGAGUGAUGAUAAUCUCCCAACUGAUCAGAAAACAGAGGCUGACACGGAAAACGAGACCUGGCUUAUGAAAGGUCCGAAUGGCGAACGUACGGAUUCUUCUUUGUCUUUGUUGAGGCUGUGGAGUGGAAGCAAUGUAUAUGCUUCAAAGUUCAUGGUCUGGCGGAAAGGCGAGAAGGAGGAGAACGCGAUUCCUUUGAUGGAGGCUCUUACACUUGCCGGCCGUAGUAAAUAGCUAUGGUUUGUUGUGUAAGUAAAGAAUAUUGGGAAGGUGGAUGAAUGCUUUUGGUUUUGAAGGUGAAUUAUGAAAGUUGAAUGGCUUUUUUCCUUAAACUAGUAAAGUGCACGUGUGAUGCACAUAGUUAUAAAUUUUGUUGCCGAUUAAGUAAAAUAAAGUGAUUGACUUAGUAUACAUGUUAUUGUAGGA